AGAUUGAUGCGAAUUACACUCUGUGCUGAAGUUGAACCACCACAAAGGCUCUGUAUUUCGCUUUUGUAAUAAUAGCAGCAGAAGGGACACAGAAUGGGUGAUAUUGAUCAGUUCUUUCAGGAUUCGCAUUAUAACAUCAUUCGAGUACUAUUAAGUGUCAGUGGUCUAUGGCCCUUUCAUUCGCGAAUCAGACGUUACGGGAUAUAUCUCACUAUGUUGUUGGUACUCGGAUCUGGAUGUGUAUUCGAGACGUUGGGUGUAAUUGAAGCCAGCCAGGAUUCGUCCGAAUUGAUUGAUGCCGUGCCGAUGUAUUUCGUGUGCAUAGUGAGCAUAAUUAAAACGUUCUGUGCGAUAUAUACAUUACCACAGAUAAAAAUACUUCUAAUAAAGAUGCAAGAGUACUGUAUUUCCCCAAUAUCGGACGAGGAAAGAAAGAUUCAGAAUUCACACGCGCAAUACGGGCGAAAGUUAGGCUACGCUUAUGCGGGUUUCGUACUAGGCCAUAGCAUUGUUUAUUUAAUUGCAACAUUUCUGGUAAGACUUUUCUACGGGCAACCCAGCGGAACUGAUGGGUUAUCAAAAAGAUUGCCGAAUUCCCAAAUACCUCAUCACGUUAAUUACAUGAUCGAUCACAAUAAGUAUUACUAUCCAAUUUUUCUACACGCAGCUAUAUGUGAUGCUUCAUAUACGUUUUUAAUAACUACAUUCGAUGUUUUGUAUAUAACAUCGGUCGAGUAUUGCUGCGGUUUGUUCGCGACUUUGAGAUAUCGAUUGGAAAUCGCGUUCGAUAAAAAUAACGAUUUCGGUAACGAUAAAACGGCGAUGACAAAGGAUACAUGUUACUCAAAUAUCGUCUAUAGUAUUCGCAGGCACACAGAAGCGAUACAAUUUGUUGCCAUUUUGGAGUCAGUAUAUAGCAUAUCUCUCUUUAUACAACUUGGAGCCAUUAUGAUUUCUAUAAGUUUUCUAGGAUAUCAGGUGAUAAACUACACGGAAAACGCUAAUCGUCUUAUAAAACCUGUGCUUUUCCUAAACACAGUUUUUUUUAAUGCAUUCUUCGAAAAUUGGCAGGGUCAGAAAGUCAUAGAUUCCAGUGAGAGAGUGUUUGAAUCCGUAUACAACACAGAAUGGUAUAGUAUGCCGAUAGCAGCGAGAAAGCUUCUUCUAAUAAUGAUAAUGAGAAGUGAAAAACCAUCGAUAAUAAAAAUGGGUAAAAUGGUUAAUUUAUCAUACGUAACUUUCAACGCGGUGUUGCGUACAUCAUCGUCAUAUUUUAUGCUACUACGAUCUCUGUAACAAAAAGUUUUGAACAUAAUCGACGAAAUUUAUAUAUAUAUAUAUUAUUAUU